GCUCCACGCCGGGUCCUCCGUGUCCCCCGCGCGGGUGGGUGCUGUGGGGCGCGCCCCCUCCCCGGGGGGAUCCUCGCCGCUGAACAUGUCGCUGGACGAGGACGUGCAGCGGCUCCUGAUCCAGUUCCGGGAUGAGGCGGGGGAGUCCCUGGGUUCCCCCUUCGAUGUCCCGGCCACCAUCACCCCGGACAAGCUGCAGCUGGUCUGCAACGCCCUCCUGCAGAAGGAUGAGCCGGUGCCUCUGGCCUUCUUCGUCCAUGAUGCCGAAAUCGUGGCGUCGCUGGAGAAGACCUUGGCGGGGCAGAGCGUGGAGACGGAGAAGGUCCUGGACAUCAUCUACCAGCCGCAGGCGGUGUUCAGGGUGCGGGCGGUGACCCGCUGCACCAGCUCCCUGGAGGGACACACCGAGGCCGUCAUCUCCGUGGCCUUCAGCCCCACGGGAAAGUACCUGGCGAGCGGCUCUGGAGACACGACUGUCCGCUUCUGGGACCUCAGCACGGAGACGCCACAGUUCACUGCCAAAGGUCACCGUCACUGGGUGCUCAGCAUCGCCUGGUCGCCUGACGGCAAGAAGCUGGCCUCGGGCUGCAAGAACAGCCAGAUAUUUCUCUGGGACCCAGCCACCGGCAAUCAGAUCGGCCGGGUGCUCGCUGGCCACUCCAAAUGGAUCACGUGUCUGUGCUGGGAACCACUCCACAUAAACCCAGAGUGCCGCUACCUGGCGAGUGCCUCGAAGGACGGCAGCAUCCGCAUCUGGGACACGCUGAUGGGCAGGUGUGACAAAAUCCUCACAAGCCACACGCAGUCGGUGACGUGUGUGAAGUGGGGGGGCGAUGGCUUGCUCUACUCCUCCUCCCAGGACAGGACCAUCAAAGUCUGGAGGAGCCAGGACGGGGUCCUGUGCCGCACCCUGCAGGGCCACGCUCACUGGGUGAACACCAUGGCCCUUAGCACUGACUACGUUCUCCGCACCGGUGCCUUCGAACCUGCUGAAGCCACCAUCAACCCACAGGAUGUGAGCGGCUCCUUGGCAGAACUGAAGGACAAGGCACAGCAGAGGUAUGACCAAGUCAGGGGCCAGGAACCAGAAAGGCUCGUCUCAGGGUCAGAUGACUUCACACUGUUUCUUUGGAAACCAGCAGAAGACAAGAAGCCACUGGAGAGAAUGACGGGCCACCAGGCGUUGAUUAACCAAGUUCUCUUCUCGCCAGACACCCGGAUAAUAGCUAGUGCUUCCUUUGACAAGUCCAUAAAGCUCUGGGAUGGUAGGACAGGAAAGUACGUGACGUCGCUGAGAGGGCACGUUUCGGCUGUGUAUCAGAUCGCCUGGUCAGCCGACAGCCGCUUGCUGGUGAGCGGGAGCAGUGACAGCACGCUGAAGGUCUGGGAUGCCAAGAUGAAGAAACUGGCCAUCGAUCUUCCUGGCCAUGCAGACGAGGUGUAUGCAACGGAUUGGAGCCCAGACGGCCAGAGGGUAGCGAGCGGAGGGAAGGAUAAGUGUUUGCGGAUAUGGCGUCGGUAGGAGCAGCGACACGACGCUGUCGCUCCCAUCCCACACUGGCCUGCCCUGGGCACAAUCUGCCUGGGAGAUCUGCGAGGUGAUCGACGAUGGAGGCUGACCUGUGCCUGACUCCCUGUUCCUGUUGGCUGCUCUCCCUCAUGGACUCUUUCCUUAUAUUUAAGGAAAUUUUAAUUCUAGUUCUUAAGAGCUGUGCUUUGCAGGAUGGUUUUCUCUGAACAUUACAGGAGGAAUAUCUUAUCUGCCUCCAUCUCAACUGACUUUUUUUCUUGAAAUUUCAGCUUUACAAGUAGCCUGCCACCUUGGAAGGGGCAAGUGAAGGGUGGGAAUGGCUCGUGCCCCUUCUUGCUAUGUGAAGAGUCCUGCAGAGAAAGGCUUUUAGUGGGAACAGAAAGGGUUGUCCUUGUGUGACCUUCACAGAGGGAGAGAGAAAGGGGAAAAUUCAGCACAUCAUUACAUUGCAGAAUUGUGCUCAGCUGCAUGCCUGGGACAAAGAUCUGCUGAGAAUAAGGUCUUGGGGGGGCUUCUCGUUAUUCCAGGAAGGUUUUGCCUUUUCACUCAGCCCAUUUGCCUGUGGGCUGUGCCAAGCAUUAUCUGUUAGUGAUCCUCCCCAUCCACAGCAGGUAACUCAGUUGCUCAUCCACUCAGGGUGCAACAGGCACAGACUUCAAACAACUGUGAGAGCUGCACUGAGUUUUCAGGUCUCAGUGGCUCUUGGAAAUGGGGCAAUGGGGCACUUGUGCUUCUGAACAGGGAAGAGAGUGCCCACUUCACAUCCACUGCUGCCUUGGGGGGGAGAAGGAAGGAAGGGAGAGGGAAGGGGAAGAAUGGAAGCAGUUUUGGGUGGUGGUUGUCCCUUGCCCUGGAUAUAUGCUGACAGCAGGGUUGAGACUGUCACAGUAAAUGGCAAAACUUCCAUUGCACAGAGUUGGCUCCUCCUGGAAUUUCUCAAGUGCAUUUACUUGCCCAGUGGGUGAGAGGGAUUCACACUGUCAGUUUUGUAUUUGUAAGCUUGCUCAUAAGCCUUUUUAUAAGUCAAUUCAGGCUUAAAACAAUCAUGAGGUGAAUAGACCUGGAUUUAGUGUUUAUUUCCAGGAUGCUUACCAAACGGGGAAGAUCAAGAUGUGAUUAUUAAGGAGUAGAAAUUUUAUUGUCAGGAUUGAUUGCAGCAAGUUAGCAUGAAGGCCAAAACACUCUCCAUAGCCCUCAUGCUGCAGGUGCUACUCGGUGAUGACUACAACUCAGAACCAGAGUUUGGGUCACAGAUGCUUCCCAGCUGCAGAAUAUGCAUUUUAGGACUUUAUUCCUGCUGGCAGGAUUGCUUUGGGGAAUUAAGGGGGAUGGUGCAGUCAUGGCCAUUUGCUUGUCUGCGAGUGUUCAGGUGAGCAAAGGGCUGGAACAAAGGAUUAAAUCUUUAAUAUGAGUGGGAGCACAAAUUAUGGUUCCUGUUAGUAUCUCUUUCUACCAGCCGAGUCAGCAGGCUCUAUCUUCGUGGGAUCUUUUGGGAAGAACUCAAUAUCCAGUACCUGCUCUUUCAUUAACGUGCUUCCUCCAGUUGGUUCUUGCUGAUGAUGAAGGCCACGUUGUGUCCAUCUGCAUAAACAAAACCUUUUGCAAUUCGCCGAGGUAAAUGUUGUGGGAUAGGCUGUUUUAAAAUUGUAGCUGGUAAUUCUGCCUCCCCAGACCACCGUGCUGUUGGGAAGGAGAACGGCACACGUGCAGCUGAUGGCUCUCUGGGCAUGGCUGAGAAGCCUGCUGCUUUGCAAGUGU